AUGUUCUCUUAUAGCAGAGGUUGUAGGGCACCUGUGUUUUGUCGCAUUAUCGAUAUUAUGCGGCAACAUGAACCGUAUGCACGUCCUGGUAUAUUAUAUCCCAUACGUGUAGAAUUAGGAGCAAAUGUAGAGAAGUGUACACCACGUGAAUUGCAGGAAAUCAUAGACACCAUGUUGGCCCGUUCACAACGUUUCGGAACAACCAAAACAGGAGUGAUUUAUAAUGUAGAUAACUCCGUGGCAACGGAGAUAAAGGCGUAUGGACGGUAUGUAGUUACGGGUAAUAUGCGUGGGGGAUACAUUAAAGGGGAUCAACGGUAUGGACCACGUUUAACAGGAUACGGUGGUGCCACUACGAAACCUGGAUUGCGGUGGAAUGGAGAUGAUUUGUAA